AUGCCGUUUGGGCUCAAAAAGGCCGGAGCCACCUAUCAGCGCCUCGUGAACAAGAUGUUCGCCGACCAGCUCGGACGCACAAUGGAGGUGUACAUAGACGACAUGCUCGUCAAAUCCAUGGUGGCGGAUGAUCACGUCGAUCAUCUAAAAACGUGUUUCAAAACUCUGAACGAGUACGGCAUGAAGCUCAACCCCGUGAAGUGCACUUUCGGUGUCACCUCGGGAGAAUUUCUUGGUUACGUGGUCACCCAGCGCGGGAUAGAGGCAAACCCGAAGCAAAUCCAAGCCGUCCUCGAACUGCAGUCACCAAAAAGUACCCGCAAAGUCCAGCGUCUCACCGGAAGAAUUGCCGCCCUCAAUCGAUUUAUCUCGCGAUCCACCGAUAAAUGUCUCCCCUUCUAUCAACUACUCCGAGGAAACAAAAAGUUCGAAUGGGACGACAAGUGCGAGCUGGCGUUUCAGCAAUUGAAAGAAUACCUCUCAACUCCGCCCGUCCUGGCCAAGCCCGAAGACGGAGAAACCUUGUACCUGUACAUCGCCGUGUCCACCUCGGCUGUAAGCGGUGUCCUGGUUCGAGAGGACCGAGGAGAGCAAAAGCCGGUUUUCUACGUCUCUAAAUCCCUGGACGGAGCCGAGAGCAGGUACCCGACCAUGGAGAAACUGGCGUUGGCCGUCGUAACAGCAGCCCAGAAGCUCCGCCUCUACUUCCAAUCUCACACUGUCGCCGUCCUAACCACACAUCCUCUGCGGACAAUCCUUCACAGCCCGAGCCAGUCGGGUAGGAUGGCGAAGUGGGCGGUAGAGCUCAGCGAAUACGACAUCGACUAUCGAGGACGGACCGCUGCGAAGUCCCAAGUAUUGGCAGAUUUCCUCGUCGAACUCGCUCCCGAGCUAACCGGCGAAGCACCCGAUGAGAAAUGGAGCCUUCACGUCGAUGGUUCGGCCUCAAAGCAUGGCUCUGGCGUCGGCAUCUGCUUGGAAUCACCGACCCACGAGGUGAUAGAGCAGUCAUUCCGCUUAGCAUUCCAGGCAUCGAAUAACGAGGCGGAGUACGAGGCCCUGAUAGCCGGCCUGCGACUGGCAAAGGAGAUCGGGGUCAAGAAAAUCCAAGCGUACUGCGACUCCCAGCUCGUCGCAAACCAAUUCAGUGGCGAGUAUGAAACCAAGAACGACCGCAUGGAAGCCUAUCUUAAGGUUGUCCAAGACCUGGCCUCCGAGUUCUCCGAAUUUCAUCUCACCAAGAUCCCCCGAGGGGAUAAUACUUCUGCAGACGCCCUAGCCGCUCUGGCCUCCACCUCGGAUCCCACUCAGCGCCGAGUAAUCCCCGUGGAGAGCAUCGAUUCCCCCAGCAUAGAGCUCCCGAAGGGGAUCUGCCUCAUCAACGAUUUCCUCGCCGGUGACCCAAUCGAAGAGCAGGAUGUCCAGGACGGUGAGAACCUGCCACCUCCCCCGCCCAAGCCCGUCAAACCAGAUUGGCGACCUGACAUCCUGUCAUAUAUCAUCAGCGGGACGGUCCCUGACGACCGCUGGGCAGCUCGGAGAUCAAAAAAGAAAGCCGCCAAGUAUUUCCAGUUCGACGGAAACCUAUUUCGAUGGAGCGAAACCGGCGCCCUGCUCAGCUGUCUCCACGGAGACAAAACAAUCGACGUCAUGAAGGAAAUGCACGAAGGCGCUGGAGGAAGCCACUGUACCGGCCGAACUCUCGCACUCUGGAUCCGUAACCAAGGACAUUACUGGCCAACAAUGGUCGAGGACUGCAACAAGUUCGCAGCCCGGUGCGAAAAAUGCCAACGCCACGGCCCCAUGAUCCAUUCUCCCACCGAGCUACUCACCACGGCAUCACCGCCCUACCCAUUCAUGCGUUGA